CUGGGUAGAUACAGCUGUGUGUAAUCUUCCCCACCUGCAGAGGGCGGUAUUUAUACUGGGGGUGGGGAGAGGUGCAGGAUCAGCUGUUGUAUGAUUCAGGAUGAGGGAUCUGUGGCUCCUGGUGGUGGCCGCCAUAGUUGUGUCUGUGAGAGCUGGAGAGAUCUGCUAUGACCAGCUGGGAUGUUUCCCCAAUGCCCCUCCAUAUGCCUUCACCCCACAAAGGCCCAUCGGCUGGUUUCCGUGGCCACCGGAAAGAAUCAACACCCGAUACCUGCUGUUCACCAGAGAGAAUCCGGAACACUUCCACGAAAUCCAAGCACUAAACGUCUCUACAGUCUCGGCUACCAAGUUUUGUCCCAAAAGGAAAUCCAUCUUUAUUAUCCAUGGGUUUCUGGAGGCUGGGGAGAAUAAGUGGCUGGUAGAUAUGUGCCAGACCCUGCUGCAGGUGUCUAAUGUGAACUGCUUCGCUGUAGAUUGGUUUGGUGGGUCGGUCGCUCUGUACACACGAGCUGUCAACAAUGCCCGUGUCGUGGGCGCAGAACUGGCCAAUUUUAUCAACUAUCUAUUGGGUCACUACAGGUACUCCCUGAGUAACAUUUACCUGAUAGGACACAGUUUGGGUGCUCACAUUGCUGGUGAAGCUGGGAAGAGGCGUCCAGGAAUUUCCCGGAUAUCGGGGUUGGACCCAGCCGGCCCUUACUUUGAAAAUACCCCACCCGAAGUGAGGUUGGACCCUUCUGAUGCACAGCUUGUGGAUGUCAUCCAUACUGAUGGCUCUGACACUAUUCUUGGCCAAGGACUAAGUGGGUUUGGAAUGAGCCAGUUGGUCGGUCAUCUGGACUUCUUUCCCAAUGGAGGGAGGCACCAGCCUGGGUGUCCUAACUUUUAUCGCAAGCUUGGGGACCUGGACCGAGUCAUAGAAGGACUUGAGGAGAUAAUCUUCUGUAGUCAUCGAAGGAGUGUCUCAUUCUUCUUAAAUAGUAUCCUCCAUUCUGAUGGGUUUGUCAGCUACCCAGGACCCUCCUACAGUGAUUUCCAAAAGGUAGUUAUGUAG